UCCGAAACCCGACAUCUUCGGACCAAUUCUCGACUUCCACAAGAAAUGCAGAAAAGAGAGCAAUCGAAGCUAAGCGGAUCAACGGGUGGCUCCGUCGGACCGCCGGCGAAAAGAGGUCGGCCAUUUGGAAGCGGAAGUGGCAACGCUGCCGCCGCCGCCGCCGCCGCCGCUGCAGCAGCAGCCGCUGACUCAGCAGCUCCGUCAACACUCCUUGGCCCUUCCCUGCAGGUUCACUCUGCCUUCGCUGAACAGAAUAAUAAAAGAAUUGUUCUUGCGCUUCAAAGUGGAUUAAAGAGGGAGCUGACAUGGGCAUUAAAUGUCCUCACUUUGCUAUCAUUCAAGGAGAAAGAUGAAGUUCGCAAGGAUGCGACUCCUCUUGCCAAAAUUCCUGGAUUGCUUGAUGCUCUGCUUCAAGUUAUAGAUGAUUGGCGUGAUAUAGCCUUACCAAGGGUACUCGUAAAGGCACCUCGUGUCCGGCUUUUGGGUGCAAAUUCAGUGGUUACUGGAUUUGGACUUGAAUAUGAAGCAUUGAACUCGAAUGAAUCUGUUCCCAAUACUAGAGAGUCAUCUGUUCGGAAUAGUACUGCCAAGUCUCGCCCCACGGGUUUGUGGUUUGAGGAAGAUGGCCUAUUUAAUUUGGAUGAGGAGGGGCGGAUAGAGAAACAGCAGUUUGCUGUUGCUGCUUCAAACAUUGUUCGCAACUUCUCUUUUAUGCCAGAUAAUGAAGUCAUCAUGGGCCAGCACAGACAUUGCUUAGAAACUCUAUUCCAAUGUCUGGCAGAUUAUGUCACAGAGGAUGAAGAACUUGUCACAAAUGCUCUCGAGACUAUAGUGAAUAUAGGUCCAUUGAUAGAUCUACGGAUCUUCAGUUCCUCAAAACCUUCUUUUAUCAAAAUGACGGAGAAACGUGCAGUCCAGGCCCUCAUGGGAGUGCUAGGAUCUGCUGUUAAGGCCUGGCAUUGUGCUGCCGCUGAAUUAAUUGGUCGUCUUAUAAUAAAUCCUGAUAAUGAACCUUUCCUACUUCCUUCUGCUUCGCAGAUUUAUAAACGUUUAGUUGAUAUCAUGAGCCAACCGGCUACUGAUGCUCAAGCAGCUGCUAUUGGUGCAUUAUAUAACCUUUCAGAAAUAAAUAUGGACUGCCGUUUGAAGCUUGCUAGUGAACGAUGGGCUAUUGAUAGACUGUUGAAGGUAAUUAAGAUGCCACAUCCAGUGCCAGAAGUGUGCAGGAAAGCAGCAACGAUUUUGGAAAACCUUGUAUCAGAGCCACAGAACAAGCCCCUCCUGCUAGUGCAUGAAAAUGCAUUCGCGGAGAUGCUUUUUGGUGACCCAAGAUACUCAGACAUAUUUGCCAGGAUACUGUACGAACUGACAUCACGGCCAAGCAACAAAAUGGCAUCAGCUCGAGGGAUCUGGGGCAUGUAACAUCAAAACAUACAAGGGGUGGAUCUAGGGCUUUGGGAGGGGGUUUCCGGGAACCCAAUAACUUUUGCUCAGAUCCAGUAUUUAUAUUGAGAAAGUGUUGGGAACGUAGUAACAAACAGUUUGGCAGAAAUGAGACCACUUAAGUUUUGUUUCCCUCCUCGAUGAGGGUCGAAUCCCCUUGGUUCCUGUAGUUCUUAAAUUUAGGAGUUUCUUAUUUUAGGAUAGUAGCUUCGGUCACUUGUAAUAAUAUUUAUUUAUUUUUUUAAUAAUUUUAGAUCUCUAGGAACUCAUAAACUUUAAAUCCUCGAUCCGCCUUUGAUUAUGAAAUAGAUUUGAUAAUAUAUCUACGGGUCUGGAAAAAAAGACAUC